UUAGGAAAACGUGUUCUGGCGAGACAAUCAGACGCCACUUACUCUCCUGGUACCGUGACAAAGAAAUUCAUCGCCACAUAUGUUGUUUUGCUGGACAAUGGCAAUGAAAUUGAGUAUAGUUAUGAGGAUGUAACGGCUGUAGUGCAUGACACAACUCCCAACUGGACCAGCUUAGGAGAUCGCGUGAUCGCACCGUCACCAAAAGAAAAUGCGAGCGAGCAAUACCUUCUUGGUUUCGUGUCUGAUGAUUUUUGUCCAGGAAAUGACACGGAAACGUAUGAAAUUACUUUGGACCGAGGACACAUAGUCGAAAACUGCACGCUGAAUAUGUUGCGUAAACUCCCUUUUUUCUCCUCAAUUCGCCAAGGUGAUCAUACAAAUGUCAGUUCGACUGACGUUCUGAUAUCUGCUACCUCUUUGAUUUUUAGACCGGGUCGAUUGCCGAAGCGGCCUUACAAGAAAGAUUAAUGGAUUGGAAAUUUUACCCUUGAAAAGUUUGGGAUACAAUUUUCAAGACUCACACUGAUCAUUUUCAUUUAAGAACUAAUUGAAUUGACAUAAUGUGGAGAAUACUGAACUGCAGGGCCCAGUUGUAAAAAGUGUGGAUAACGCUAUCCAAAGGAUAAAUCGCUAACUAGCAGAUAACUGUUAACCAAAGGUAUUGAGAAUUUUCCAUUGGAUAGGAUUAUCCGCCCUUCGAGAAAUCAUGGCCAGACCUGUGGCUCUGCUUAACUGGCAUGCUCCAUUCUUUUCUCUUGCAGUCGGAGCUCGCGUGUUUGCUCGCGGAAGAGACGACUCUUAUUAUCGCGGAUUCGUGAAAAGAACAAGUUACCAUGGAAACAUACUAUACAUAGACGUGCAACUGGACCAGGCGGAAUCCAUUUCACAUCAAGCCAAUGACGCAAGAGCCAUCAUCCUGGAUAUCAUACCAUUGUACAGUCACGUGCACGCCACUCAGCGCGUGAUUGGCUACUAUCCUGGGUACUCAAGUUAUCUACCUGGAACAGUGAUCAGACGGAAUACAGAUUGUUGGAAAUCAGCUUACCGUGUCAAAUUUGACAUGGGGGGACAACGAGAUCAGGAUUUUCAUGAAAUUAGAAUUCUGCCUCCUUUUGUAAAAUUUCUAUUUUUUCUGUAA